AUGGCAACAUUACGAAACUUAACAGGUUAUGGGCCCAGGAAAGGGCUAAUCUUCGAUGGAGACGAAAGCAAAUAUGAGUUAUGGGAAGUAAAGUUUUUGGGGUACAUGAGACUCCGGAAGCUUUACCAAAUAUUCGUCCCUCCUGCAGAUGAUGAAGAACUAGAUGCGACAAAGAAUGCAGAUGCAUUCGCCGAGCUCGUCCAGUGUCUGGAUGAUAGAAGUCUGUCUCUUAUAAUAAGAGAAGCGAAAGAUAAUGGUAGACGAGCCCUUGGCGUUCUUAGAGAACAUUACCAGGGAAAGGGCAAGCCGAGAAUCAUUGCCUUAUAUACGGAACUGACUUCCUUGAAGAUGGCAGAAAAUGAGACGAGUACAGAUUACAUUAUACGCGCAGAAACGGCUGCGACAUCACUGAAGGCCGCUGAGGAAGUUAUUAGCGAAGGGCUGUUGGUCGCGAUGGCACUCAAAGGUUUGCCUGCAAGCUACAAAACAUUCUCCACGGUCGUAAUACAGCGGGAGAAACAAAUGACUUUCGCUGAAUUUAAGAUCGCUUUGCGAAAUUACGAAGAGAGCGAGAAAACCAACAGAAGAGAAAACGCGAAAGACAACGUUAUGUACGUGAACCAAAAGCAUAGCGGGCAGAAAUUCGAAGGGAAGUGCUUUAAAUGCGACAAGAAAGGGCACAAGAGCGCUGAUUGUUGGACGAGAAGUGAAAAAUGGUGUAACAGAUGCAAGACCAAGACCCACAACACGAAGGAUUGUAGAAAAACGAAAGACAGUGCGAACACGGCAGCAGAGACACAAACAUUUGCAUUUACAGUAAAAGAUCAUGUAAAUAGAGAUAAAAGUUCAGGAGCCGACGGCAGUAGGGCAAACGUAGUUUUUGGUAAAGGAGACGCCAAAGUGAAGCUGUACGACGCCUCAG